AUGUUCCUAAAAUUAACGGAUGGAUGUGACUAUGAUAAUGUGAAUUUUAACGGAAUGGAUGUCCGCGCCAUGGAGCAGCGGCUUUGCGAGUGGCCGGCGGGCGCUGAUGGAGCACCAAGAGCCAUCUCGCGACUAGAAGGGCAAAUCGAGGAACAGAAGCAGCUGCGACUCCAAGACGCGAAACAAGUAGAAGCAAAGGCCGCUCGUAUUAAAGAGUGGGUAACCAAUAAGCUCCGAGAGCUUGAACAGCAAAAUCAGCUGUUGAGAGAACAAAACGACCGCUGUAAUCAGCAAUUGGAGCUCCUUAGAAAUCAUAUUGCCACUCAAGGGAGCAGAAAUUGUAAUUUUCUACCGACUCGAGCUAGUCUUUCCCUUGAAGUGAGGACUGAGGAAGGUUCCAGGACUUCCUCCAGCCUAUUGGCUGCGAACAGACGUCGAUCAGAAAGCCUUGAGGGGCCUCAGCUCCCACUGACUUCUUCAGAGCCGCACUACAGUACUCCGGUGCGACACAGGCGCAAUCUCUCAAUAGGCGCAACCAACUUGACGCAAAACAACGUGACCGCAUCAAAUCAGGUGGCUUUGAACACGAUGAACCGAACAAUGGACGAGCGAACGACGGCCAGCUUACUCGCCGACGAUUUAGCAACUGCUGUUGAAAAUUUAGUAGUAUUGCCCACAACUCCUAAUACAUCAACGGACGGUGAUACUACGCAUGAUUACGCAGAAAUUUAUACUCCAAGCAGAGAACGCACACCAGCUUGGCAGGGUGCAGUGAAUGUCGUGGUUCAAGGUAACAGCCGCGGUGGUUCCUCUACUGGGGAGAGUUCCACGUCAGAAAACCCUCGCCCCCCUACACCACCGUUACAUCGCUUCCCCAGUUGGGAGGCAAAAAUAUAUCAGGUGGCGGACGAUGGUCUCCAACAAUCAGUAGAGGAGGAACUGAGCCCUCCUCCUUGCCCUCGGCCCAUGCAUGAGUCAACAAGUUACCAGGACUUAUCUGUACCGGUGUACGCUACAGUUAAAGGGCGUGCCAGUCAAAUAAGAUCAAUGCCGUUUACUGGGGAUUCUUCCGAUGACUCUUCCGACGGCGAGGAGUCAAUGGGUGUCACUGUUCAGAACACUCCGCAUCACAAUCCAUAUGGCGGGCACUCUUCGAGCCAGAUACCGAUCAACAACGUGAACAUGACCGGCGUACUGCCGAUCUCCAUACAGCACAGCGGCCACGGGCUGCACAACAUCAACACUAACGGACAGUGCAGCUCCUCCGACACCAGCCUCAGCGCCAGCAGCCCCUCCAAAAGCGUCAAGACCAGCUCCAGCCUGAGCCCGGCCAAGCGGUCCAGCAGCGGCUCCCCCAGCAAGCAGAGCAAGACGAGAGACACGUCAUUCGAAUCGGGCAUGUCGGACGACUACGCGAUCCCGCCGGACGCGGGCUCGUGCGAGGGAGCGUGCCGCAGCGAAGCGCGCUCGCGCUGGUCGGCGUGGGGGGCGGCUCUGGCGGACUGGGGGGCGCGGGGGGGUGCCGGUGCCGACUCGCCGCGCAGGCACGACGCGCUCGAGAAAAGCGGACACCUCGCUAAGCUGGGCGGCAAGCUUAAGACCUGGCGGAAGAGAUGGUUCGUCCUCAAGAACGGCACGCUUUCCUAUUGGAAGUCCCAAUCUGAAGUGAAUCGAAAACCUCAAGGUCAAAUAGGUCUUGGUGAGGCCUGUAAAAUAUCACGCAACGAAGGGGCGGCCACUUUCGAAAUCUUCACGGGAAGUCGAACUUACUACCUUACUGCCGACAGCACUGCUACUAUGGAGGAUUGGAUUAGAGUUUUGCAGAAUGUCCAAAGAAGGAACGCCACAAAGUUACUCCUUAGUAAAGAAGACAACAAGCCUACUAUCCAGGGUUGGUUGACAAAGGUCAAGAACGGACACGCGAAAAAAAGUUGGUGUGUCCUGAUCGGAAAAAUGUUUCUUUACUUCAAAUCGCCCGGUGACCAGAAUCCAAUCGGUCAGAUAAAUAUGCGCGACGCCCGUGUUGAAGACGUAGAACACACAUCGGACUCUGAUUCCGAGGAGAAGAACGAUGAUGCCCGCAGCCACCUCACUGUCGCUAUCUACCCGCAGCACCAGGUAACUACGGGUCCCACGUACCUGCUGUUCGAAAGCAAGGCGGACAAGGACGCGUGGCUGUACCAGCUGACGGUGGUGAGCGGCGGCGGCCUCAGCCAGGGCACGCACUUCGAGCAGCUCGUGCACAAGCUCAUGGAGACCGACGGGGACCCCAACUGCGUGCUAUGGCGGCACCCAACGCUGCUGUAUUCGAAGGAGAACAUAACGUCGCCCCUUACGUCGCUCAACUCCGAGGCUCUGCAAGCUGAAGCGUUGAAGCUGUUCAAAUGCGUGCAGCUGUUCAUGUCGGUGGCGGUGGAGCAGGCGGGCAUCGACUACCACGUGGUGCUGGCGCAGAACGCGCUGCAGCAGUGCCUGGACGUGUGCGAGCUGCAGGACGAGCUGGCCGCCUGCCUGGCGCGCCAGACGGCGCCGCACGCGCACUCCAAGCACGGCGUGCAGGUAACCGCGCCCGCCGCCGCCUCGCCCUCGCCCAGCCCGCGCCCCAAGCGCUCGGCCAUUAAGCCCAAGCUCAAAGCACAACUGCUGCUGUGCGCGACUCAGUCGCUGUUCACUUGCGACACGGGCGCUUCGUCUGUCGGCGACAGCAAGAGCGGCGACAUGCCGCCUAAUACAGCGGGCUCGCCCAGCUCUAUACAGGCGCCAUUAUUAUCUGUGGACUGUAAAAGCAACCCGCCGACGUACAGCUUCGUCCAAGGCUGGCAGUUAUUAGCGCUCGCUGUGAGCCUUUUUGUGCCCAGGAACAACAGGCUCCUGUGGUACUUGAAGCUACACCUGAGCAGGCACGCCGAUUCCAAGACGGAGUGCGGCAAGUACGCAGCGUAUUGUGCGCGCGCGUUAGAACGUACUAUACGCAACGGCGGACGCGAAGACAAGCCAUCGCGUAUGGAAGUGCUCUCUAUACUGCUGAAGAACCCCUACCACCACUGUUUGCCUCACGCCAUACCCGUACACAUGCUUAAUAACACUUACCAGGUAAUAGGGUUUGACGGUUCAACCACAGUCGAGGAGUUCCUAUCAACGCUCAGCACGGAGCUGGGAUGCAGAGAGUCUGCGGCUUCCGGUUUUGCGUUGUUCAGCGAUGACCCUAUAGAAAAAGAUCUAGAGCAUCACAUUAAACCCGAUAAAAAGCUUUGCGACGUGAUAUCAAAAUGGGAAACGGCGCUUAGGGAGAAAGGUUCUGGAAAAUUCGAGAACUCUCGCGUCAUAAGGCUUACGUACCGGAAUAGGUUAUACUUCAAGAGCUCGGUACGAACGGAGACGGACAAGGAGCGACUGUUGCUCUGCUAUCAAAUUAAUCAGCAAGUGGUGGCGGGGAGGUUCCCGGUGACGCGCGAGCUGGCGGCGGAGCUCGGCGCGCUGAUGGCGCAGCUGGACGCUGGCGACUGCACGCCCGCGCACUGCGCGCACUCGCAGCCGCUCGCGCACCGCUUCUACCCCUACCGCUACCGCGCCGGCCUCACCAACGAACAGCUGCGGGAUGUCGAAGAGAAGCUCAAGUCAAAAUGGCUCGCGCUAAAGGGUCGUAGUACAGCGGACUGCGUUCGAAUCUACCUCAAUUGCACAAGAAAAUGGCCUUUCUUUGGGGCUACGCUCUUCCAAGCGAGGAUUAAGCAGCCGGACCUGUCGCUGGUGUGGCUGGCGGUGUCGGAGGAGGGCGUGACGGUGCUGGAGCUGGCUUCCAUGAGCGUUAUCGCGCGCUACGCGCUCAACUGCAUCGGACUCUUCGGCGGACUGCAGGACGAUUUAAUGAUGCUUAUCGACGCGGAAGACGCAACGAGUCCUGUACACAAAAUGCUUAUCAGCUUGAACAAACCAAAAAUGGUGGAAUUAACGCACCUUAUUGCGGAUUACAAAAACGCCCUACUCCGAACAGGGGGGCCCGGCACGCCCCAAAUGAACUCCCUAACGCGCAACGGAAGCCACCGCUCAAUACGCAAACCGACUUCCACCCUCCCACAUUCGAGCCCCUCCACUCUUCCCCACACUCACCAUUUAAGCCAGUCCCAUCACACCCACCACACCACCGGACAUAACACGUUAAACUCCCACGCCACAACAAUGACCCUGGGCUCGGAGAGAAACGCAACAUUGACCCUUAGCUCCCACACGUCCACUUUCAACCAACACGUCGAAGCCAGAGUGUUGUCCCAUGGUCAACCAGACAUAUUAAAAUCGACCCCAGAUCAUCACAGAAGCGAAAAAAAGAGAAGCCACACUCAAGAUAGCGGCGUCGCGUGA